ACAAUAAAUUCCUACCAAUAUUAGUGGUUGUCCAGCUAUUAAAUUAUACAUUUGGACAUUUACAUUUAUACCAGAAGUCAUUGUAGCUGCAAAAAUGAUGGACUUGUUAACAUUUGUGUUGUUUUCUACCAUGCUAUUCUUUGGGAAGACAUCCUGCCAAGAGAUCCAGCUACAACGACCUAUGUAUCGUGUACCAGAAAACAUUUCACUGGACAGGUUGGUGCUUAAAGUGUGUGUGGAAGGAGCUGAUUUAGAAGACAAGGUUUACGAUGUCCAGAUAAAGACGGAGCAAGCAAGUACAUGCUUUGCCAUUGAUGGUGAGGACUACACAGGCAUCAGUGAGCAGCUCAGUCUGACUGGUCCAGGAAAUGACACUAGGUGCACAUGUGUGGAGGUGUUGGAGGACGAGGUUGCUGAGGGUACAGAGAGGUUUGAAGUGAGGAUAUCGGGGAGUCCCCUCAUCACUAGGGACUCUGUGAAUGCCUUCAUUGGUAGCAAUGGCCUAGCACAGUUCACUCUCCCACCUGAUAUUACGGAUUCAUAUCAACCGAGGAUAACCAUAGUCAAUCUACAAGGACAGCAAGAGGUUUAUGAAGACCCAAACAGAAUAUUCAGGACUUCAAGCCAUGAUCGCUGCUCCAUCCAUCUGAUUAAUGAGGGAAUCAACUAUGAUGUUCAUAGCAGGGACACUACCUUUCAGUGGGUGUGGACAGGUCCGGGAAUUGAGGGAAGAACAUUUUGUGUUCUGGACUCUCAGCCUAGCAAAAGAUGCUUCUCUCCGUACACAAUCUCUGAUUUAGAAAAAGGUCCCCACGUUUUGAGGAUACGUGUCAGGAGGGGGGAAUGCCCUCUGGGACGAGCUACUCGCAGACUCAAUUUCGAUACUCCAAAAUGAAGAAUAGCUCAUGCAGUCACACACAGGAUUAUUAGUAUAGCUAGAUUGUAUUAAUACAAUGUUGCCUAUCUAUAGCAUUGCACAACAAUUUAGUAUUAUGCAGACAAUUAGAGACAUUGUCCCACUACAAGAAAAUGAGACAUAAAUGAAUAUAAUUAUAGUCGAUACAUGCAAGACAGUAUUCUUAAUUCA